AUGGCGACCUUAACACUCUCUGAGCCAAUUUUCCUUCACAGGCCAAAUGAACCACGACCUGGAUGUCCAUCAGCUAAUACCAUCUGUAGUACCAUCUACCAAGAUUCACCAGAGAAUAUAGGUGACGAGUACUUAGUGAACAGUAUCUGUAGUUGUCAAAAUGGUCAGUCAUGUCCAGUAGAUAUAGAUCAUAAUAACACACUUCAAGUAGAUGAUGGUGUAUGGUAUGGAUUAUGCCAACCGACCAAAGAUUUUAGUGAAUGUAAAGUAAAUGAUGUAGCUACCAGGUCAUUUGAGAAUUCAGACAAAUUUCAAGGCCAUGGGUAUUCAGAGUUAAACUGUAUAUGUACGUCAGAAAAUAAAGUAGUAUUGGAGAACAAAAUAAGAUCGGAAGACAGUGAAUAUGGUCCUGGUGUUGAUAAAAUAUGUGGAGAGGAAGUGGAGAAGAGAGGAAUUGAUCAAGGAAUGUCCAGUUUUUAUAAAAGAAGUCAAGAUAAUGGAUUAAGCAGCUUUUACAAGAGAGGGAGUGGAUUAAGUGCUUUCUACAAACGAGGAAACGGCUUAAGUUCUUUUUACAAAAGAGGUCAUGAUUUAAGUGCGUUCUAUAAACGAAGUAGAGGUUUAAACUCUUUUUACAAACGUAGAUCACCAUUCCAACAUGUUAGCUCAUUUUAUAAAAGAGAUCUUGGACAUGUUAGUUCCUUUUAUAAACGUGCACCAGAAAACAGUUUAAGCUCUUUCUAUAAACGAUCGCAUGAUAUCGGUAUGAAUUCCUUUUAUAAGCGCUCUCGUGAUAAUGGCAUGAGUUCUUUUUACAAAAGAUCGCCGAAUGAUCUAUCUAAUUUCUACAAAAGGGUACCUGUCGGUUUAAGAAAUUUUUAUAAGAGAUCUGUCGGAAAUGAUAUGUUAGGUUUUUACAAGAGAACACCCUCGUCAUAUGAUUUGUCAAGUUUCUACAAGCGCGCAUCUGGAAACAACGCUUUGUCCAGUUUUUAUAAACGCGCCCGAGAAAACGACCAACUUUCGGGUUUCUAUAAACGUGCUGCUGGCAAUGACGAUCUUUCAAGUUUCUAUAAACGUUCUUCUGGCAAUGACGACCUUGCAAGUUUCUAUAAACGUGCUGCUGGCAAUGACGAUCUUUCAAGUUUCUAUAAACGUGCUGCUGGCAAUGACAAUCUUUCAAGUUUCUAUAAACGUGCCGCUGGCAAUGACGGUCUUUCAAAUUUCUAUAAACGUGCUGCUGGUAAUGACGGUCUUUCAAGUUUCUAUAAACGUGCUGCGGGCAAUGACAAUCUUUCAAAUUUCUAUAAACGUGCUGCGGGCAAUGACGAUCUUUCAAGUUUCUAUAAACGUGCUGCGGGCAAUAACGAUCUUUCAAGUUUCUAUAAACGUGCUGCUGGCAAUGACGAUCUGUCUGGAUUCUAUAAACGUGCUGCGGGCAACGAUAAUCUUUACAAUUUUUACAAAAGAGCCCCCGUUGCAAGCCAAUUGUCAAAUUUUUACAAGCGAGGUCUUUCAUCCAAUGAUCUCGUGGCAUUUUAUAAAAGAGCACUUGGUAAUGGUGUUUCUAGUUUUUAUAAACGAGCUAACUCCGAUUUAUCUUCGUUCUAUAAAAGAGCAGUUGAUGAUGUCAGUAAUUUCUAUAAGCGUUCCGGCGAAGAUGACCAAACAAAUGACAACAGUUUAAGCAGUUUCUACAAGCGUUCUUUAAAUGGUGGACAAAACAGCUUUUACAAAAGAUCUCCCCUCGAUCAUGAUGUAAGCCACUUCUAUAAGCGAGGCCUCGAUGAUGUAAGUUCAUUCUACAAAAGAAAUGCAAAUCGGCUACAGAGUUUUUAUAAACGAGCCCGCGACAACACUUCAAAUUUCUAUAAACGUAGUCCCGAACAGCAAAGUAGUUUUUACAAAAGAGCCCCUAAAGACAAUGUUAGCAGUUUUUAUAAAAGGGAUUCUAGUGACAAUAAAGAUGUUGCCUUUUACAAAAGAAGUGUGUGAGGCAAUAAUUCUGAAUUCCUCUAUAUUUAGUAAAGCAAGGCCUUGUAUAAGUAGCAAUAUAUCUGAAACACUAUAGUUGCACGGAUCAAGUGUGUUCUGUUAAGAUCGGUAUGUGUCUAUGUAAUAUAAAUAAAUAUUAAUGCUUGAUUCAAAUAAAGUUAUGUUUCUU